AUGAAGAUAUGCAAAUGUUGUUUUAAAUACAUCCUCCAGCAGAAAGUUUUCAUCCUGUUUUUAAUCCUAUGGCUGUUCUCCUUGUUAAAGCUUUUAAAUGUGGAAAGGCUCCUCUUUCCUCAGAGAGGUAUUUACUUGGUGGAGUACUCCUUAAGCACCUCACCUUUUGUGAGAAACAGGUACACCCACAUUAAAGAUGAAGUCAGGUGUGAAGUUAACUGUUCUGGGAUCUAUGUGCAGGAAACUUUGGAAAUUGGCAAGAGUCUGGAGAUACAGAAACGAGAUAUCAUUGACUUGGAGGAUGAUGAUGUUGUGACAAUAACCAGUGAUUGUGACGUUUAUCAGACUUUAAGAAGGUACCAUCAUAAGCUCGUGUCAAGGGAAGAGAAGAGCUUCCCGAUAGCUUAUUCUUUGGUCGUCCAUAAAGAUGUGAUUAUGGUUGAAAGGCUCAUCCAUGCUAUAUACAACCAGCACAAUAUCUACUGCAUCCAUUACGACCUUAAGUCACCUGAUACCUUCAAAGCAGCCAUGAACAACUUAGCUAAGUGUUUGUAUUUUUUCAUUGCUUCCAAGUUAGAAGCUGUGGAAUAUGCCCACAUUUCCAGGCUCCAAGCUGAUUUAAAUUGCUUAUCAGACCUUCUGAGGUCUUUGGUUCCAUGGAAAUACGUCAUCAACUUAUGUGGGCAAGAUUUUCCCCUGAAGUCAAAUUUCGAAUUAGUGUCAGAGUUGGAGAAACUCAAUGGAACAAACAUGUUAGAAACAGUGAAACCCCCUCACAGUAAUAUGGAAAGAUUUACUUAUCACCAUGAGCUCAGACGAGUGCCUUAUGAAGACGUGAAGCUACCAAUAAGGACAAACAUCUCCAAGGAAGCACCCUCUCAUAACAUUGAGAUAUUUGUGGGGAGUACCUAUUUCAUUUUGAGCCAAACAUUUAUUAAAUAUAUUUUCAACAACUCCCUCAUUGAAGACUUUUUUCCUGGUCUAAGGAUACAUACUCCCGAUGAGCACUUCUGGGUUACUUUAAUCAGGGUACCAGGAAUACCUGGGGAGAUUUCCAGGUCAGCCCAAGAUGUGUCUGACCUACAGAGUAAGACCCGCCUUGUCAAAUGGAAUUAUUACGAAGGCUUUUUCUAUCCCAGUUGUACUGGCACUCAUCUUCGAAGUGUGUGUAUUUAUGGAGCUGCAGAAUUGAGGUGGUUUAUAAAAGAUGGACAUUGGUUUGCUAAUAAAUUUGAUUCUAGGCUGGAUCCUAUCUUCAUUAAAUGCUUGGCAGAAAAGCUUGAAGAACAACAGAGAGAGUGGAUUGCUUUGUCUUCAGAAAGGGAAGCCAUGGCUUACCCUCAUCACAUGGUGAUCUCGAUAUCUUCUCCAUGUAACAAUGAGGAUUCUGCUGAAGACACGUACGGAGUAUGUGGUGAACCUGGGUAA